AUGGUAACCAUCAAAGCAUCUUACACCAUACUUCCAAAGAAACCUACUCCAGGUGGCUUUCUAUGGCUGUCUGAUAUUGAUCAAGUUGCGCGUCUGUAUCACCCACGUACCAUUUACGUUUUUGAUGCAAAGCACAACCAUGAUACAUUAAUUAAACAGAUGAGAAACUCUCUUAGCAAGAUUUUGUGCCACUACUAUCCGUUAGCUGGUAGAUUGAGAAGGAUAGAAGAAGGUGGAAGAUUGGAAUUGAAUUGCAAUGCAAAAGGGGUGCUGUUGAUUGAAGCAGAAUCCACAAAAUCAUUGCAUGAUUAUGGCGACUUUUUGGGCGAGUCCAUCAUGGACUUGGUUCCUAUAGCUGAUUACACAAACACACCACUUGAGGAGCUUCCCUUGUUACUAGUGCAAGUGACAAGUUUCCUUGGUGAUGAAGCAUUUUCCGUUGGAGUUGCUAUAAGUCAUACUUUGUAUGAUGGUCUUGCUGCCAUUCAGUUCAUCAAUUCAUGGGCAAAGUUGGCUCGUGGAGACACAUUAGAGCCUCAUGAAAUGCCCUUUUUGGAUCGAACUGUGCUCAAAGUCACAUCCCCUCCGUCACCACCACGCUUUGAUCACCUAGAGUACAAGCCUUUGCCUCUCAUAUUAGGAAGAUGUGACAAUACUGUUGAGAAAAACAAGAAGGUAAUCGCCACCAUGUUGAAGCUGACAGCAGAACAAGUGGAGAGGCUGAAGAACAAGGCCAAUGAUGAUGAAUCAAGAAAACAAGGGUCAAGACCUUUUAGCAGAUUUGAAGCUAUUGCUGCACAUGUAUGGAGAUGUGCAUGUAAGGCUCGUGGAUUAGAGGAGAAUCAACCAACUGUAGUUCGGUUCAAUGUUGAUAUUCGAAAUAGAAUAACUCCACCUCUCCCUAGGAACUACUUUGGGAAUGCUCUGUCCUUAACCGCAACAUCAUCACAUGUUGGAGAAAUCUUAUCAAAUUCUCUGAGUCAUGUUGCUCAGAAAAUAAGGAAAGCAAUUGAAGCGGUUACACAAGAGUAUAUAGGCUCACAGAUAGAUGUCAUUAGAGGUCAGAAGGAUGUGGAUAGUGCAAGGGCUUUAUACUUUGGAUCAAAUGAAGGUAAGAAUGCCUUGUUUUAUGGGAACCCUAAUCUUCUUAUUACAAGUUGGAUGAGUAUGCCUGUGAAUGAAGCAGAUUUUGGUUGGGGAAAGCCUGUGCAUUUUGGUGUAGCGAAUAUGGCUACACAAGAUAGGGUAAUACUUUUUCGAAGUCUAGAUGGUGAUGGUUCUAUAGUUCUGACUAUACACUUUCAGAUGGAACUUAUGGAGCUUUUCAAGAAGUUAAUUUAUGAAGAAAUAUGA